AUGGAAAAAAGGAUUUCAAGAAAUAUUUCCCUGAAAAGGUUGUCUAUUGAAGAAGAGAAAAAGCUUGCAAGAAAUCCAGUGCCCCGAAAAGAGGUAAAAAAGAAAGCUCCGGUUGUAGAUACUCGUAAAGUAAGCGGGACUUCUCUAGAUGCUCCUAAUGCAUUGGUUGUAGAUAAACCUAAAACAUCAAGAGAUAAAGAGCUAAUAAAUACGGCUCCAUGCCAAAUUACAGUAUUUUUGACGGUAUAUAUUAAAUCAAUGUACAUUUGGUCGAAAUUUAACGGGUUUUUUUUUAGGUCAAAUGUCUCACUAUCAAAACAUUUCAAUCGAUUUUCGAUUAAAUGUACUUCGUGAAAUGCAAACUAUCAAAAGUGCACGAUCAUUGGACCUGCACCCAAUAAAUACAGCUUUAAACAAGCACUUUAUUUUUACAAGUCUUGCUGAUGAAAACAGAGGAAUUAUUAUAGAGCGCAUGAAACAUUACACUUUAGGCCCAGGAGAGCUCGUUUUUGAGCAAGAUCAGCCAGGAAAUACCUUUUUUAUUAUUGCGUCAGGCAAGGUGGAUGUCUUAAUAAGCCGGAAAAAAGUCAAAGUAUUAGGUCCAGGCGACAGUUUUGGAGAACUUGCAUUACUUCAUGACUCCCCAAGAUCAGCCACAAUCCAAACGACUGAGCGCACAACCUUAUGAGGACUUGACCGUAAAACUUUUAGACAUGCAGUAAAGCUUUUAUCUACUUUUGGCUUUCUUAAAUCCCCCUAGUACUAUUAGAUUUCUCUUCUAUUAUAUAAUCUGCCUUAUACAAGCAAUAAGAAUGCACAAGCUAUAGAAACAGUAAACGCUCAGAAUUACCAAGAAAAUAAACGAUUUAUAGAGAGUGUCCCUUUAUUUCAUAUAUUAACAGCUGUACAAAGAGAUGCACUAGUAGGGUCAUUAUCUACACUAAAAUUUAGAGCAGGAGAAAAAAUCGUCAGUGAAGGUGACCCAGGCGAUUUAUUUUACGUCGUUAAAGAAGGUAUUGUAUCAUGCACACAAGGAGGCAGAGAAAUAAGGCAAAUGUAUAGAGGCGAUUUCUUUGGGGAGCAGGCUUUACUUUAUAAUUGUGUGAGAACCGCCUCUGUAAGUGCUGUUGAUGACGUUAAAUGUGUGGCGAUUGGAAGAGAAAGGCUUACAAAGGCACUGGGAAAUCAUCUGCAGGAUAUUAUUUAUCAGAAUACCAAAAGGAUGGCUAUAGAUAUGAGCGAGACUUUGAGGCAGCUGAAUAAAGAACAGUGUGAUAGGCUCAUAAAUGCACUAAAGAUUGUGAUUUAUGCGAAAAACCAAAUAGUGGUUGGGGCAAAUACACAUAAAGGAUUUCACUUGUGGAUGGUCAUGAAAGGUAAAUUGGUUUCAAGGAUUGAAAACCGGAAAACAGAAGUUUUCCAUUGUGUUGGGGAUGUUGAGAUUACGCAGCCACCUCAAGGCGAUUGCUGAUAUUUUUUAAAAAAUGCUAACUCCCCCCCCCCUCCGUGAGCGAACAAAAAAAUUUUGUUCGCUCACGGAGGGGGGUUAAUUUUUUUUUUUAAAAAAAAUUUAUAUAUAAAUUUUAUAAAAAAUAUUUUUUUUCGAAAUUUAAAAAAAUCCUAAUUUGCAAAAAUUGGGAAGCAAAUAUUAAUUUAAUUUGCAAAAUUUAUGUUUUAAAACGCAAUUUGUUUAAAUUUAAACAGAAUUAGCUCUAGAUUUCAUUAUACUAAUUAUCACUUAUAUAUCAAAAUUUUUUUCCAUUAAAAUUUUUUCUAUUAAAAAAAAUUUUUGUUCACUCACGGAGGGUGGGUUUUUGGUCAAAAAAUGGCGAUUUUUCUAAUGGUUUUGUUCGCUCACGGAGGGGGGGGGGGAGUAAAAUAUUUAUUUAAAAGAAAAUAUAUCGAUUUGAAAUUAUUGAAAGGCAAGGCCAAUUUCCUAUAUGAAAACUGGAGACAGUAACAGUAGGAAUAUUUAUUAA